AUGAUGUCUGUGACGACUGUAGACUUCGCCCAUUUUCUUUCGGGCACAGACAGUGAGCGCCAAGCUGCUGCAAUCUCGCUGGUCGACUCGUUUAAACGGACGGGCUUUGUCAAGCUGAUCAACCAUGGUAUCCCUUUGGAGGUUAUCGAGAAGGCCGAGGAAGUGAACAAAAAAUUCUUUGCCCUCAGCCCGGAAGAGAAAGUGAAAGCUGUCAACCCCCCUGGCCCUCACCCUCAGCGCGGAUGGAGCUAUAAAGGCGCCGAGACUACAGCGGGCUUGCGGCCUUCCAAGGCAAUUAAAGUUGUGAAGCCCAUGGAUGAAAAGGAACACUACGAUAUCGGACCCGCGGACGAUGAAGAGUAUCCGAAUAGAUGGUUGGAAGAGGAAGGAUGCCCUGGUUUCAAAGAGUUCUCGGAAACUUUCUACCUACAGUGUCAGGAUCUGUGUACGCAGGUGAUGGCCGCCUGCGAGACGGGCUGCCAUAUCUCCCCAGGAACCCUCGUGAACCGUUGCAAACCUGCCGCUAGUGAGCUACGAUACAACUAUUAUCCUGAAGUCGAUCUUAAAAGACUCUACGGAGGCGAGACCCGUCGUGGGUGGCCGCACACAGAUUUCGGAAUCAUCACUCUAUUGUUCCAGGACAACCGAGGAGGACUGGAAUACGAAGAUCGUGAUCAUCCAGGGCAAUUCCUUCCAAUAGAGAAAGAGAGACCCGAUGAGAUCGCCAUCAACGUGAGCGAUACUUUCCAACGGCUGUCUAACGACGUGAUCCCUGCCGGCGUGCAUCAGGUGUGGCUACCACGCCAUCUCACCACAGAAGAGCGGAGCCGCGAGGAUCAUAUAAUCCCUGAGCGCCAUUCUACCGUGUUUUUCUUCAAGGCAGAUCGUGAGACCAUGGUAGGUGCGUUGCCAGAGUUCACAACCCCUGCGACGCCGGGUAAGUACGACGAUAUCACUGCGCUGGAGUUUCAUAAGCGCAUGACCCAGAUCUUAGUCCAAAAUGCCACCCAGGUUCCAACUAGUGCCUAA